AUGGUGACCAGCUCCAACGGCGGCGUCGGCAAGGACGCUGGCACCAGCAACCAGCCUGCCAUCGACAAGCAAAAGACGCUCUUGUCCGCCGACGUGGGACAUUUCUCCCUCGUCCGGGCGAUGCACCUCGCCGACCUCAUCACCCUCAUGAACGGCUUCUGCGGCGUCAUGUCCAUCUUCUCGUCCCUGCGAUACUGCCUCGGCGACCCGGCCGCCCUCGACAACGUGUGGCUCGCCCUCGUCUUCCUGCCGUUUGGGCUCUUCUUUGACUUCUUCGACGGGCGCGUCGCGCGGUGGAGGCAUAAGAGCAGCCUCAUGGGACAGGAGCUCGACUCCCUGGCUGACCUGAUCUCCUUUGGCGUCGCUCCCGCCAUGGUGGCCUUUACCAUCGGCAUGCGCUCCGUCCUCGACACCGUGGGCCUCACCUUCUUCGUCCUCUGCGGCCUCACCCGCCUGGCGCGCUUCAACGUGACCGUCUCGGUCCUCCCCAAGGACGCCUCGGGCAAGAGCGCCUACUUCGAGGGCACCCCGAUCCCCACGUCGCUCGCCGUCGACGCCGUCAUGGCGUACUGGGUCCGCAACCGCUGGAUCCUGCAGGACCUGCCCCUCGGUGCCUGGUUCCAGGGCUCCGCCCUCGAGUUCCACCCCGUCGUGCUCAUCUUCAUGGUCCACGGCUGCCUCAUGACCAGCAGGACCAUCCGCAUACCCAAGCCUUGA